AUGAGGGCACCACUGCAGGCCAUGAUGUGCCUGGGGUUGUGGACAGCUGCCCUGCUCUGCUUGUUUUCCCCUGGCACUGUGCGAGGUGACUGCUGGCUAAUUGAGGGGGACAAAGGCUAUGUGUGGCUGGCCAUCUGCAGCCAGAACCAGCCCCCGUAUGAGACCAUCCCCCAGCAUAUCAACAGCACUGUGCAUGACUUGCGUCUGAAUGAGAAUAAGCUCAAAGUGGUGCUGUACUCCUCCCUCAACCGCUUCGGCAACCUGACUGAUUUGAACCUGACCAAGAAUGAGAUCUCCUAUAUUGAGGAUGGGGCUUUCAUGGGCCAGUCAAACCUCCAGGUCUUACAGCUGGGCUACAACAAACUCACCAACCUGACAGAGGGCAUGUUGCGUGGCAUGGCCCGUCUCCAGUUCCUCUUUGUGCAGCAUAACCUAAUUGAGCUGGUCACCCCUACUGCCUUCUCUGAGUGCCCCAGCUUGAUUAGCAUUGACCUGUCAUCUAACCGACUCAGCCGCCUGGAGGGGAACACUUUCACCAGCUUGAGCAAUUUGAUGGUGUGCGAGCUGGCUGGCAACCCCUUCAACUGUGACUGUAGCCUCUACAGCUUUCUUAACUGGCUGGCGCUUUUCAACAAUGUCACCAAGAACUAUGACCGGCUCCAGUGUGAGACUCCACGGGAGUUUGCUGGGUACCCACUCCUUGUACCUCGGCCUCACCACAACCGCAAUGCCAUCACCAUCUUCCAGUCCAUGUGCAGAGGUGGCACCAUCCCCUCGCUUUCCAGGGUCAACCCCACCCCUUAUACCCCUGACUCCCAGCGAGACCUGGAUGAAGGCUCAGCCAUCAGCCCUGGGGACUUCCUCUCAGUCAAGCCUCCAGCCUCCUCCACCACUGACUCCUCCUUCAGUCCCAGCAUCAAGCUCCAUGAUGUCACCAUCACCUCAGCCAUCCUGAUGGUAACCAUCCCCAUGCCCUACAGUAAGAUGUAUGUGCUGGUCCAAUACAACAACAGCUACGUUUCUGACAUAGCAACACUGAAGAGCAAGAAGGAAUAUGUCACUGUCAACAAGUUGAAGGCCCACACCGACUAUACGUUCUGUGUGGCCUCCAUCCGCAACAACAGGCGCUACAACCACACUUGCCUGACCUUUGCAACCCGGAGCAAAGGCAGGGAGGACCCUAUUUCCAGUACUUCCACCACCACGCACUAUAUCAUGACCACCCUGGGUUGCCUCUUUGGGAUGGUCAUUGUCCUGGGGGUGGUGUACUACUGCCUGCGGAAGCGGAGGAUGCAGGAGGAGAAACAGAAGUCCCUCAAUGUCAAAAAGACCAUUCUGGAAAUGCGUUAUGGAUCAGAUAUUGAUACCAGUACCAUGGUCCAUCCUUCCCAGAAGCUGGGUGAGCCUCCAGUCAUCCCUGUCUCACGGAUGUCCUCCAUCCCUUCCAUGAUUGGGGAGAAGUUGCCCCCAUCAAAGUCAAUGGAGGCUGGGAUGGAGACUCCUAAAGUCACCACUAAAGGUAACUACAUUGAGGUGCGGACUGGUGGUGGGGAUGGGCUGGAGCGAACUCAACGGGAUGAGGACCUGAGGGAGCUUGACAAUGGGCAAGGCUCAGCUGCUGAGAUCUCUACUAUAGCCAAGGAGGUAGACAAGGUCAACCAGAUCAUCAACAACUGCAUUGAUGCUCUCAAGCUGGACACAGCCUCCUUCCUGGGUGGUGGGACUGGUGUUGACUCAGACAUGGCCUUUGAGUGCCAGUCCAUCCCAGCCAGUUCCUCGGGUGGGCUAGAGCGGCCCAGCUUUCUUUCCCCACCCUACAAGGAAAGCUCCCACCACCCUUUGCAGCGCCAGCUCAGUGCUGAUGCUGCUGUGGCCAGAAAGACCUGCAGUGUAUCCUCUAGUGGCUCCAUCAAGAGCGCCAAGGUCUUCAGCUUGGAUGUGCCUGACCACCCACCACUCAGCAAGUCUGACUCCAAAUACAUUGAGAAGGGCAGCCCACUCAACAGCCCUUUGGAUCGUCUUCCCUUGGUGUCUCCGGGCGCCAUCCACCACUUGGAGGUCAAGCCUUCUUAUCAUUGCAGUGAGCACCGUCACUCCUUCCCAGCCCUGUACUAUGAGGAAAGUGCUGACACCCUGAGCCAGCGGGUGUCAUUCCUCAAGCCACUCUCCCGGUCCAAGCGAGACUCCACGUACUCCCAGCUCUCCCCCAGACACUACUUCUCAGGCUAUUCCUCCAGCCCUGAGUACUCAUCAGAGAGCACCCACAAGAUCUGGGAGCGAUUCCGGCCUUACAAGAAGCACCACAGGGAGGAGGUUUACAUGGCGGCUGGGCAUGCCCUGCGGAAGAAAGUUCAGUUUGCCAAGGACGAGGAUCUGCAUGACAUCCUGGAUUACUGGAAAGGCGUCUCUGCUCAGCAGAAGCUGUGACUCUCCUUUGCUCUUUCCAAGGAAACAAUACAAAACAAGACCACCUCCCCCAACAACCAGAAAAAACAAAUGCCACUUGACUGUGAUAAAUAAACCAACAACAAAAUACUCCUGACAAAUACAAAACUGACAAAAUCGUUUCUUAAAGUUUACAACAACAGCAGAAAACUCUCAC